CUUUAUUUAAAGUAGGGGCCUCUUUAAUAUAAUAUAAAAGUAUAGAAAGUAAUAUAUAUCUCAAUGGUCCAGGGGCUUUAAUAGUGCGCAUGCUCACACACAAAGGAGGAGCUAAGGCUCACGUCACACCUAAGAUUGCUGCUCUCAGGAAAAAAGCUCUUAGGAGCUCACCAUCACCAGUGAAGCUGUAUAAGCACCGGGUUGACCGGCCUGAGGAAAGCAGCGCGUUGUAUGUGGAGCUGCCUGUUGAAAUCGCCAUGAGUUAUAAACCUAUUGCUCCUGCGCCGUCCGGGUCCAACCACACUCCACCAGGGUCUUCGGUCCCCUCGCCAUCUCUACCCUCGUCUUCCAACUUCAGGCCAGUCUUCAGUGACUUUGGUCCUCCAUCUAUGGGCUUUGUUCAGCCUGUCAAAGUGUCCCAGGGUUCCACCUACAGCGAGCUUCUGUCCGUCAUUGAGGAGAUGAGCCGUGAGAUCAGGCCGACAUACGCUGGGAGCAAGAGUGCGAUGGAGAGGCUAAAGAGAGGCAUAAUCCACGCUCGUGCACUGGUCAGGGAAUGUCUCGCAGAAACCGAGAGAAGCGCCCGCACAUAACCUCUAUGAAACCUCCCUUCAUCCCAACCCUCAUGACCUCAUUGGAUCUUUUGCCACCAGUCUUCUUCCUCCCACUUUUGCUUAAUUUUUAAGUUUAUUUUAUAGGUGAUUGUCUAUUUUGGAUUCCAAUUGAAAUGGUUUGACUUCAUAGUUACAUUUCUGAAACAUGCAAAGUUGAUGCAAAAAAAAGAAAUUUAUUUUAAGAGUUUUGAACUUGAGUACACCUAAUUUAAAACAUAAAAUGAGUUGUUUUCUAAUAGCAGCUGAAUCUCUGCUCACUGAAUUGUUUUUGGGUGUGGAGAUUAACAUUUUUAAAUUCUGUCAUUUCAGUUUAACCUUGCUUUGUUGUCACAUUUUGUGAAGUAGGCACAUACCAUUUCUUGACAUCUCAAGUCGGUUUGUUACUAUGGAAAUUUUGUAAAUUAGAUUUUUGCAUUUGGGUAUGUAUAUCUUAAAUAAAUAACAUGAAAAGAA